AGCGAUCUGUGCCACGAAAGCAUUUUUAAUUAACGAACCAAUCUUCUCAUAUAAUUGAACACUUGUACAUUCUUAUCUGAAGUGUCUCGGCUCGAAACUUUUUAUACAUCAAUUUGUAAAGGACUCUCUACUUUCAUUUUAUAUUAAUAAAAAGGUUUAUACACAAUGGUAGCCCACACUGUACUAUUGGAUUUCACAGUUCCAUCAAAUGUAAUAGCAGAUGUGGAGAAGCGUUCUAACUUAAAGGUAGCAAUUACUAAUGUUCUUAGAGAACAUUUUGAUGGUCUGAAACCAUUAAUUGAACCGAAUCUCGAUGGAAACCUCUUGGUUCUGUAUACGGGUCCCAGAGGUAGCCUGAUCACUGUUCGUGGAUAUACAGAAGGGUUGGUCACUCUUAACAUUGAGUAUUAUAAAAGUGACGAUGAAGAAGCACUCUUGAAUUAUGAGUUGACCAGAGAAUUGGAGACAGCGUUGCAGGCAGCGGCAACCUCUACGCGUUCGCACAUGCUUGCACCAAUUAAACGCGGUGGACCUUUUGAGAGAUACUUUCCAACCGCCGAUGACAGACUACUCGAAUAUGACAUAGAUAAACUGGUCUUUGCGGCUCGUUCUCCAUACCAGAAAGUUCAAAUUGUCCAUUCAAAAUCAUUAGGAAAUUUGUUGGUUCUCGAUGAAUUGCAAAAUAUCUCUGAAGCAGAUCUUAUAUACACAGAAACUUUGAUGCAACGUGGGAAAGAGAAUUACACAGGAAAAGAGAUAGUUAUUUUAGGAGGAGGAGAUGGUGGAUUGUUGUGGGAGUUGCUCAAAGAGAAACCAAAAUCUGUUACAAUGCUGGAAAUUGAUGAUGUUGUUAUAAAGGCCUGUAAUCAACAUAUGAGAAGUAUAUGCGGAGACUGCCUGAAUAAAAGAAAGGGAGAAAAUUAUGAAAUUAAUGUGUUUGGCGAUCUUACAGAUAUACCGAUCAGUACUACUCCACAUGGUGAUGCCUGGGACUUUACCAGACUUAUCUUGAAUUACUCAAUGCAAGUUUUAAAACCGACUGGGAAAUAUAUGACCCACGGUAAUGGAGCAUCUUGUCCAGAAUCGCUAAAAAUGUACGAGCAGGUCCUUUCAGAACUCUGUGUACCGGUAACCUUUACUAAAGACAGUGCUUUUGUACCUUCUUUCUUCGAGGAUUGGGUCUUCUACCAAGUAUCGUUAAAAUGAUGGAUUAAAUAUAUAACCCCGAGGUUCUUGGGGAGGCAUGCUUACAACCCAUUUCCUCCCUUAUGACCCAUAUUCGACCCUAGUCGCAGAUGUUUUGCUAACAAGUCGGUUUCUGGAAAAAAAGAUCCCGAUGCUGGACAUAAAAUCCCAAUUGACUCUACUACGCUGGCGUCUGUACAUAUAUUAGGUGGUGGUUAUCUGUCCUUAUUUAAUUGUUUAGUAACUAAUAAACUAUACAAAGGUGCUGAAUUAUUUUUUCUAAUAACUAUCAAUAAUCAAAGUGAAUCACCUAAUGAUUUAAUACA